AUGAAGGUCGCCAUUGUUGCUGUUGUUCUUGCUCUUGCCGUCGUAUCGGAGGCUGGUGUCCUGCCAUGGGGCUGGCCAUACGCUGGUCUUCCCGCUGCUGUUCCCGUAGCUUCGUGGCCACCGGCAGCCAUCCAUGCCGCCUACCCAGCGUACGCUCCACAUGCCGCCAUCCUGGCUGCUCCACAUGCUGCCAUCUGGGCCGCUCCGCAUGCUCCAGUUGCCUCGGUUGCCCACCAUGGCGGUGUUGUCCCCGGAGCCACCUCCGUCACCGCUACCCGAGGUGCUGUGCAUGUCGCCCCACUGCCCGGACAUGCCGUCUCCCAGCAGCAGCUGAACCUGGCCCCGGCACCAGGAACUAUCUAA